AUGACGCUAGCAUUAGCCCGAGAACUAACCAGCUAACUUACACUGUGUGUGUAAGAAAAGCAACGAAAAUGGUGAAACAGACGAUACAGAUAUUUGGUCGAAUUAAACCUACCAAGAAAAAUGCGGCGGUGUACUCUGUGGACAAUGAGGAGCCGACAGGUGCUUCUUUGGAGUUUGUAGUGCCCAGGGACCUGGCUGACGGUGUAGUUAACAACAAGAAGGAGUGCUACAAAUUCAGGUACCAAAAGGUAUUCGAUCAAGCUGUCAAACAAGAAGAAAUAUUUGAAAACAUUGCCAAACCAGCUGCAGACAGUGUUUUGGCCGGCUAUAAUGGCACCAUAUUUGCCUAUGGCCAGACGGGCAGCGGAAAGACCUUUACCAUCACAGGAGGGGCUGAGCGCUACAAUGAUCGUGGCAUUAUUCCCCGCACCCUUUCCUACCUGUUUAAACACUUCAGCCAGGACAACAGAAUGGUUUACACCACACACAUCUCCUACCUGGAGAUCUACAAUGAGAUGGGAUAUGACCUUCUGGAUUCCAGACAUGAAGCAUCUCGACUAGAAGACCUACCAAAAGCAUUGAUCAUGGAAGAUCCAGACCAGAACAUCCACCUCAGGAACCUGUCAUUACAGCAGGCAGCAAACGAGGAGGAGGCUCUGAAUCUGCUCUUCCUGGGUGACACCAAUCGUAUGAUUGCAGAGACUCCAAUGAACCAGGCAUCCACACGUUCUCACUGUAUUUUCACCGUGCACUUAUGCAGGAGUGAGCCGGGCUCGGCCACCCUGCACCGCUCCAAGCUCCACCUGGUGGACCUGGCCGGAUCGGACAGAGUUAGCAAGACUGGCCUGAAUGGGCAGCUGCUCACUGAGGCCAAGUACAUCAACCUCUCCCUCCACUACCUGGAGCAGGUGAUUAUAGCUUUGUCUGAGAAGAACCGGUCUCAUAUACCAUACAGGAACUCCAUGUUGACUUCUGUGCUGAGAGACAGCCUUGGGGGCAAUUGUAUGACUACAAUGAUUGCCACCAUAGCAGUUGACAAGAGGAACCUUGAUGAGUCCAUCUCUACAUGCCGCUUUGCUCAGCGAGUGGCUCUUAUCAAGAACGAGGCGAUACUGAAUGAAGAACUGGAUCCCGUUCUGCUAAUAGCACGUUUGAAGAGGGAGAUCCAGUGUCUGAAGGAAGAGCUGGCCAUGUUGACAGGAGAACAGAGAGAGGACCAGCUCACUGUGGAGGAGAUCCAGAAGUUGGAAGAGUUUGUCAAGGCCUUUCUGGAUGACCCUGAUCCAGAUGUGACACUGUCAUUGGGACCAGACAUGAGAAAAAUCCAGUACUGCUUCUUCAUGCUGAAGAUAAUGAUCAUGGACAAGGAUGGACAAAGAGGAAAUAGGCGCAGUGAUGGGCCAGAGUCACCAGCAGCAGCAGUGAGUGAAGAAGUAAUUCAAGACAGCCACCACAGUGCAGCAGAGGUGACCAAAUUAAAGAAGAUGCUAAGGGAACGUGAUGAUGAGAUCAGUAUCCUACUUCAGAUGUUGAAGAAGGAGAAAAAAAGGGCCCAGGAUGCUGCUGCUCAGCUUGCUAACAUCACCAACUGCCAGAGCCUGACCUCCCAGAGUGCCUCGAGGUUGUCCACACUGCCAGUGUUGAGGGAUGGAGGCACAGACAUUAUCUCUGAAGACCACAGAGGACGAGCUAUACAGUACAUGAAUAAAGAUCCACAGCUGCCUCUGGGGAAGCAAGAGGCCUUUGAGACCUUUAUCAGGAACCACGAGGACCAUCUGGCCAUUGAAGACAACAAGAACCUACUCAGACAGAGGUCAGCUGAGGCCAGAAGGCUUGGGGAGCAACUGAAUGCAGCCAGAAACAGAAUCAACGAGCUGAAGAAGCAGUUGGCAAUGCAGAGGGCAGCUCACGGUGUGAUGGAGAAUCACACAGAGGCUAAAGAGGAGGUCAGCCUGGUGGAAGAAAACCUGCGCAAACACAUUGGGCAAGAAAAAAAGGCUUACAAGAGCAUCAUUGAGCGUCUAAAAGCGUUGAGGAUAGAGAUUGAGCACCUGCAGCUGUUGUUGGAGAGGGCAAAGGUCAAGCUCCAGAAGGACUUCCAGAAGUGGUGGAGCCAGGACGCUUCCAGUGUGCAGGAAUCUGAGUCAGAGGCUACAGCCAGAUGUCACGCAGGGGCACUAAGUGGAACCUUGCAGCCAUCAUCACCUGGCACUCCAGGAUUUAGAAGCUUCAGCCGCAAAAGCAAACCUCCCUUGACAGCUGUCCCAGCAUGGCAGGAGUCCCUGGAUGGGAGGGUGACUGACUUCACUCCUUCAGCUGAGUGGAGGGCCCUGUCUACCAAGCUCUCAUCUUCCUCUGUGCCGCUGACUGGAGACCAGCAUGUGGAUGCUGAUAUCCUGGCCUUUGUCAGAGCUAGGCAAAACCUCCUCAAAAGGACAGGUAAAUACACACACACAUACAGCAAGAAGUGA